AUGGGCCGCGCAUUUGUCUGCUUCGCACCUCUUCCUGUCUCCUCACACAUCACCGCCCACGCGCAUUUCAAGACACCCAUGAAAGCACCAAUAUUGGCUCCGCGGCCCAAUGGCCGGUCCAUCACAGACACGGCGUCGGCGGCCGUCGUCCAACACCAGCCUGAACACCCGCCGUCCCUCCAUCACAGCGAUGCCGAGUGGGCGGCCGCGUUCCCCGAGAUCGAGCGGCUGUACGUUCGCGAACGGCGGAAACUGCGGCAUGUCAUGCAGUACAUGGAGCGAGAGCACAACUUUGCGGCGACGGUCCAGAUGUACAAGAAGAGAUUUGCCAAAUGGGGCUUCCAGAAGAAUGCCCGACGAAGGCAGGCUGUCCAGUCGUUGCAGAACGUCGGGCAGCUUGGGCAGGUCGAGAGAGCCGGGAGAGCCGGCCACGUCCAAAAGGGCAUCGACAACGGCUACUUGUCCAUCCCCGGCUUGCCCGCAUUGGGUCCCGAGGACACGCUGACGCUGCUGCUGUUGACAUCCAUCAAGACGUGGAGCGGUGCUUACUUUGAGGGCGUGGCACCGUCGUCGUCGUCGUCGUCGUCGUCCUCUUCUUCGCCAACAUCCACCACUACGGCCUCCCCCCCACCUCCACCGGCGUUCCACCCCAGUCCGGCCAAGGCCAAAGAAAUGAGCUUCGUCUUCAAACUGGCCAUGGACCUGCUGGAGCGCGGCCGCGGCGACCUGGCCGGCCGGACCGCCCGCAAGGCCUUUUUGCUCGUCGAAGACAUGCUGCUGAUGCUGGAGGCGCCGGCGCUCGUCUGGAACCUGCUGGAAAUUAUGCACCACAUCGUGUCCCUGGGCCAGGUCCGGCUGUUUCAGAUGCUGCUGGCGCACGUCAUUGCGCUGGUGGGCAGCAAGCCCGAGCUGGCCGGCGGGCAUCCCCUGCUGGCGCUGCUGCACAGUCUACGGGGCGUGACUGCCUCUGCGGCGGCGGCGUCGUCGGCGUCGUCCUUAUCUGACGGUCCCGACGGCCCUCACGGCCCGCACGACCUCAUCCGCACCUUGCUGGCCCAAGCCUGGACCCUCAACGCCGAGAUUUUAUUUGCCCACUACAACCCCAGCCUCUUCAGCCUCUACUGCUGCAUCCUGUGGGAAAACUGCUCCAUCGGCCCGCCCGUCGCCAUGAUCGGCGCCCUCUCGCAUUGGUUCCGCACCGUUGACGCCGGGCGCGUGCCCAUCGACCGCCGUGUUGCGUCGGAGGACCGGCCCGUACCACUGCCGCAGCCGUCCGACUUUUCGCGCCUGCACGCCAGCAGCGUGGCCGCCCUGCGCGCCCACGGCAACGAAAUCUUCCACGACGCCGCCGCCAGCUUCCGCGGCGACACCACCCUGCUGCUCCGCAUGCUCGCCGGCCUGACGACGGCCAAGAUUCUGCAGGCCCUACCCGCCACCGCGUCCGUCGCGGCGGCCGAUGUCGAUGUCGAUGUCCGUGGGCCGUCGCCGGCCGACGAGAACGGCCCGCUUGCGCAGACGCCAAACGUCCACCUGGGCAACGUGGCCUGUGUGCUGCGCACCCUCUUGGACAUUGACGCGCAGAAGAGCAGCAUCCAACCGACGACCAACAAGUUGCUUGCCGACAUUCUCCGUCCCUCUGGUGUGACCGUCACGCACGACACACACGACACACACGACACACACGACACACAUGACACACAUGACAGGCACGACGUGCCCAUGAACGCCAUCGAGCAGAUCCGCACCGUUAUCGACCUCCGCACGCGGUCGGACGGCGCCCACGACCCGCAGGUCUUGCGCGAGAUGUGGCUGCUGCAAAGGGCACUGGAUGCGGCGGGCAAUGUGGCCGAGGCUCGCAAGGUGGAACAGGACACGUACGAGCGCAUAGAGCGGUAUGUGCGCGACAUUCCCGUGGAUGCGGCGUAG